AUGGAGUUCUUGGACGAAUUCGAGACCCGGCCCAGAUUCCUCCUCCAAUCCAAGCACCCGACCCGACCCGAAACCGUCCUCAAUUCCUCCCCUUCACCCUCCUCAUUCCUGGCCUCCCUCCACCGGCCGACCCUCGCGGUCUCCCUCGCCGUCUCCGCCGCCGCCUUCGCUCUCCUCCUCCUCCGCCUCAACUUCGAGCCCUACAAAUCCCUCCUCCUGUGGGUCUCCCUCUCCCUCCUCCUCGGCCCCUUCGCCCCUCCCCGCCUCACCGCCGGCGACAUCCGCGUCGGCCUCGGCCCCCUUCUGGAGGAAAUCCCCGACGGCGCUCCAUCCGCCUCCGAUUCAGACGAGAGGCCGAUCAGCCGGAAAUCCACCAGAUCCCAGCGGAAAGCCCCGCCGGAGACCGCCCCCGAUCCCGAUCCGCAGAAAUCGACACCGAUCCGCGUCGAUCCUGCUGAAAAGAGUCGAAUUCGUCCCCAAAAACCCGACGAAAAUAAGUCCGGCGAGGAGGACGAAGAAAACGAUUGGGACGAAACUGAUGAGGAGCUGUUGAAGAAAUUGAUGGCGAAGCACCCAGUAGGCAUGCCCGGCCGUUGGGAGGCCAUAGCCGAGGGUUUCAAGGGGAAGCACAAGGUGGAGACUGUUAUAGUGAAAGCUAAAGAAACAGGCUCGAGGAAGUCCGGCGAUCAGAAUUCGUACGAGAAGUUUCUGAAAGCUCGGAAGCCGGUCGACAAGCGUUUUCUCGAUGAGGGAAUUGGAAAUCUCGCCGGAACUCAAAAUGGCGGCGAAUGGACUUCAGCUGAGGAUUUAGCUUUGCUCAACGCACUAAAGGCAUUCCCUAAAGAUGUGGUGAUGAGGUGGGAGAAGAUUGCUGCCUCUGUGCCCGGAAAAACAAAAUCGGACUGUAUGAAGAGAGUUACUGUGCUGAAGAAGGAUUUUCGGAGUUCAAAGGGCUCAUCUUCUUAG